AUGAGCUUUCUUCUGACGGCCAUCGGCCUCCGCGCGGCUGGCGCUCUCGAAGCCCCCAUCCCGAAUUAUGGACCUGCUUUCCUAGCCUUUCAUUUCUUUUGGGCAUACGGCGUUUUAUCCUCACGGACCCUCAAGCAAUGGUACGGCAUCGACCACCAGGCCUCACCGCGCGAAGACCUCGCCAAAUAUGGCGAGGCCGCAGUGCGCGAAGGGAAAAUGACCCGCAAACAGCUCGGUAUGCUCAAGCGCAAUGAAGCCGCUCACGCCAACUCGGUCGAGAACUUCUCAUUGCUAGUCGGGAGCCUGCUCUUUGCCUCAUACGCCAAUGUUCCCUCCCCGGUUAUCAAUGCCGCGGGCUUGUCAUAUACCGUGGCUCGGGUCUGCUACGGCGCUGUCUACAUCCUCAUCGAUCAUCCGAGAUGGAGCCAAGUGCGCGGGCUGGUUUGGUGGUGGGGUAAUCUGAGCUGCCUGUUCUUAUUGUACAAAGCUGGAAAAUAUCUUGGGGCUUGA